AUGGGGGUGUUGAAGAUGCUGAAUGAGCUGAGCAUCCUGUGCGGUGUUGAGGCAGGUGCAGUACUGUACAGCUCUUUUGAGCAAGGUCCGGUUGUAUGGCCGAGUGUUGAAGGUAUGCAACAGACCAUUGCCACAUUCAAGAACAUGCCAGAUUUUGCCCAAACUCGAGGAAUGAUGAACCACGACACCUUCCUUGAUGACAGGUUUCUGAAAUUAGGCACUCAGCUUCUCAAUCUGAAGACAGUGAAUAGAGUGACGGAGAUGGCUUUACCUCAAUCCCAGCAUCAGCUCCAACUCAGGGAGGGCCCAGCACCUCAACAAAUCCUUAAAAUCCACACCUCCAUCUAG